UCCCUCGUCAUUCCGUCAACACCGCGGACGGCAAUUGUGGUGUCGAACCCCCCCCACGACUGCCCCGACUCCCACAAUUGGCCUGAUCCUGAUCUCAACAUCGCUCGCACUCGAUUCGCGCCAUACUUCCCCUUCCGGACUGUCUCGUCGCAACCAACACCACUAAACAUCCCCCGGCUCACGCAAAUCAUCAGCUCAGCCCACUCCUCAUAUCAAAAGUUCAACAUGUUGACAGCAAUCGGUCGAGCCGCCACCCAGCGCCUGCUCCUCCGCGCCGCCCCAUUGUCAGUCCCGCGGACCCAACUCUUCGUCGCGCGCGCAACGGCUUGCCGCGGUUUCUCGACCUCGCAAUGGGUGCGCAUGCCCGCCAGCCAGGCGGCGACGACCACCAAGACGAAGAAGACUACGGGGGCUAAGAAGAAGACCGCCCUCAAGACUAAGAAGCCCGCCUCCAAGAAGCCCAAGGCGAAGAAGGUCAUCGCGAAGAAGGCUGCGCCCAAGAAGCGAGUCAAGAAGCAGCUCACGCCAGAGGAGACACAGAAGCUCAAGGUGCGGCAGUGGAAGAAGACGGCGCUGCUGAACGAGCCGAAGAAGCUCCCCACGAGCGCAUGGCUAGUGUACGUGACGCGGGAACAUCAGACCGCGGAGUCGGGCUCAUCUCUCACCGAGCGGACCAAGGCCCUGGCCGAGUCUUUCAAGAACUUGUCCUCUUAUGAGGUCCAGCGUCUCCAAGAGACUGCCGACGCGAACAAGCUCACCAACAACGCGGCCUACAAGUCGUGGGUUGAGACGAUUCAACCGACGGACGUGGCUGAGGCCAACCGCUCGCGCGCGAGGCUCCGCAAUGCCAGCGGCAAGCAGGUCCCCCGCACCAUCCGCGACGAGCGCCAACCCAAGAGGCCGCAUAAUGCCUACGCGCUCUUCGUCAAGGCGCGUUUUGCCAGCGGUGAAUUCUCCGGCGAGCGUUUGGUCGACGCGAUGAAGGCCAUGGGUAACGAAUGGAAGCAGCUCUCCCAGUCCGAGAAGCUCGCGUAUGAGGAUCUUGCCAAGGCGGAUUUCGACCGAUGGGAGCGCGAGUCCCUGAAUGUGCUGGGCCACGUCGCCCGGCGCGGUAAAUCCCCCGAGUAA